AUAAAAUCUACUAAUUAACAUGUCCCUAUCUUAAGUGUACUAUGAACUUUUAUAUAAGUAUUAAUUAUUUUAAGAGAUUUCUUCAAAUGGUUAAUUCAGUUCAAUUGAAUUUAAUCAAUCAGAUUCUGUCUACAUGGAGUUUUAGACCAGAAACCCCUAAUAACCAAUACUCUGCUUAGAUUUGCACUUAAGUUCAUGUAAAUGAUUUUUCACAGCCUGUGCUUGGGAGAUCAACUAAACCAAAACCACCAGUUACUGAAGCUAAGAUCUGUAGCCUGUUCAGAUAACAGUUGUAUUUGCUUAAAUUUACAGAACAUAAAUCUGAACUGUGACUUUUUUUUUUUUCUCUACACUGUUCCUGUAGCUCAAGUGGUACAGCAUUGCUUUAGCAAGCGUAAGGUUGGGGGUUUGAAUCCCAGGGAACACAUGUUAGGAAAAAUUGUUAGACUGAAUGCAAUGUAAGUCACUUUGGAUAAAAGCGUUUGCUAAAUGCAUAAAUUAAUACACUGGGGAUUUUGGAUAUUUUUUCACUCCAUUAAUCAAAAAUACAGUGGGGUAAAAAGAGACAAAAAAAGUAAUAUUGAAAAUAUUAUUUUAGGAAUAAAGUCUAACAUCUGGGGAAUCUUAUAUGAACACUUUAUCUGAUUAUAAAACUGAAAAGACUUGAAGACUGAAGGUGGAAAAAAAAAACUUUUAGAAUUGCCUGAAAAACCACUUCAUAUCUUCUUUUGUGUUCUGUGAAAGAAAGUCAUACUAGUUGUGAAAUGACAUGAGAUUGAGAAAAUAACAGCGAGUUAAUUUUGGGUGCAUGCCUUUGAGGAGAUGAGAGAAUGAAGAUAACAGUCAAAGAAUACUAAAUCAUGUUUUGGGGCCAAUAAAACCUUAACUAAUAUAAUUGUACCUCAAGGAAAAACAAAGUAUAAUGUGACCCAAAAAGCACUUCAUGCACUGGUAUUCAGCUGAUCAACAUGCAAUUCUGUGCACUACACAUCACAGUUUUUCUGUCACCUCAGCCAGCUGUGAAAGUUUCCGAUCAAAAGCAAGCCUAAAGGUUGUAUCGAUUGCAUGUGGUCCGAGAUGACAGAUCUGAAAGCUAUUUAUAGAAACUGUGGCAUACGCAGUACUUAACACAACAUUGACCUCAGUAGAAAGGAUCAGUCGAUAAGAGAUUUGUGUCGUCUUUCCAUCUGAUGUGCAAAAUCAUUCAAAUAGAUCAAACACAACUUACAUGUUUGUCAUUUUCACUUACCGUACAGACUUGCUGAUUUGCUUCUUGUCUGAAAUUGGCACAUGGUGAACUUUUGUAACCUGGUAGGAAGACGGCCUACUUUCGAGUAUAAUUAACUCAGUCCAUUUGUCAUGGGAAUAAGCACUGGAACAUCUUCAGUGAUAUCACUUUAACAAACACCAUUUUCAAAUAAAAACAGCAAACAUUUUAUGCAUUUGGGCCAUUCAUUUAAAUGGCAAUGGUGUUUUGGGGGCCUGAAAGUGCAAAGUUUUGAAAACUGGUUUUAAACUGCAAGAUUCUGCGAAUUUGUAAAAACUGUCGCAUGUGCAUUCAUAGUAUGUGUACAGUCUAUAGGUAUGUGUGCUGCUGGGCUGUCAAAUAAUAAAUAGAAUUUUUAAUAUUCAUCAAAUUUAAAAUAAAAACCCACACUGAUAAGACUGCCUUAAUGCACACUUAAAUUCGAAUGCAAAAACACACUGCAUUUGAGUUUUAGGUGUGCGUUAAGGCAGCCUUAUCAGUGGCGCAUGGGAUGCGAUGUAAGUGUCAUUUCAUUUUAAUGUUUAUGUUAGUGUAUCCAGUUGAACCCACUAGAUAAUGCGCUGCUGUAUUGUUCAUUUAAAAUAUUUCAUGAGGAAAAGAUCUUGUUUACUGAAAACAAACCAAGCCGCUCUCACAGAACGCAUAUUUUGCCCCAAACUGAAAUUAUGGCUUUUAAAUUUGAAUACAUUGCUAAUAUUUAAGUACAAAAUUCCAAUUUAGUUUUUUAGCCAUUUUGACAGCCCUAGUGUGCAGGUGUGUAGUGUUUCGUUACAGUGACAUCGGCAUGCAUGCAUAAUACAGCGCUUUUAGAAAUUUUCACGGAUCCAUGUGAAUGGGGAUCAUUUUAACGGCAUUGCGGUCUGUACGCAAAUAUUUUCAAAAACAAAAAGAAACGUUUUUUUCUGUGUUUUUUUUUCCCCUGUCAUUGUUGCGUAAACGUACCUUAACAUGCAAAAUUCUGUGAAACGGUGCAAAUUGUGCAUCUGUCUUUUUUUGUGUAUGUUUGUUUGUUUUUUGCAACCAGAGUUUAAAAUGUAAAUGAGCUCUCAUGAUUUGUAACAAGACUUGUUUUGCAGCCAUACCAGGAUCUGAUCUGAUGAUUUAGUUUCCAUGGCAGUUAUUGCUGUGGCAAUUGGUUUUAAUGCGUUUGGGAAUAUGUGAAAUUAAAACUAGCACUAGACAGUUUCUGAACCUUUCUGAAACCUUCCUGAAAUUUCUGAAGCUGCUUCCGUUGGCGUCUGUAUUACUGCAUCAGUGAGCCCAUGACAUCAUGACAUCUCCACUAACAUCUGUGUUGUGUAUUAGUACAGUUUGAGCUUUCAAAACACCUUCUCCAGUCUGUUCUCUCUGUCAGGCAUCUGUGCGUCAGCAAAGGAGUGACAGUUAGACCUGUUCGUCACAGGAAACUACAAGUAAAUAAAGCUGCCUGCCUCUGUGUGCAAUGCUAAAGCACUGACACGACCACAACAGCAUCCCGCAGUGACACUUCACCUGAAACUGAGCUCAACUUCUCAGCUCCUCAAGAAAACAAGCCUUUGAUCUUUACAGAAAUCACUUCAAAUAGUUGUCGAACUUGGCUAUCGGAGUUUUCAGGCUGUUGCACGUUCAUGAGCAGAUAAGGAUUGUGCGUACAACUAAGGAUUGUCAUCAUUGCUAGCCUGAGGACCAUGAGAUUGUGGUUCCCAUCAGCACUGUGUGCCUGAACUCUCCAGAGCAGUCGGCCAUGGGCAGUCGUCCCAGUAAAGACCCGCGUGGAUCCAGCGCACAUGCUCUUCUCUUGGACACGGAGGAAAGCACUGAACCCCUGACCAUGGACAGCGGUAGAUUCGUGGUGGUGUCCCUGUACGACUAUCCGUCUAGAGGACCGGGUGACUGCGCCAUCAGAGUAGGAGAGAGACUCAACAUUUUGUCAGAUGAGGGAGAGUGGUGGAAAGUCAGUUCAUCAGCCACAGGAAAUGAGAGCUACAUCCCCAGCAAUUACACUGCCAAAGUGUACAACAGGUGGCAGUUUGUGGGUCUCAGCAAACAGAAAGCAGAGGAACUGCUGAUGCUCCCCCAUAAUCAGCCCGGAUCCUUCCUUAUCAGAGAGAGCGAGACCUACCCAGGUAACCACACUCUGUCAGUGCGUAGGAGCAGCUCACAAGAACGCGCUUCAGUCAAACACUACCGCAUCAGCUGCAUCGAGAACGGCUGGGUCUACAUCUCUCCUGGACUCACCUUCAGGACACUCUCAGACCUGGUUGCACACUAUUCAGAAGUUUCGGACGGGCUUUGCUGUACUCUGGGGGAGCCAUGCUUCAUCAUUGGAUCCAACAACGUUCCUGUGGUAACCGGCCCGCCUCCGAUUGCCGUGAAGAGGCCUACUAUAAACUGGAAAGAUGUUGACAGCUCCAUGAUCUUCGGGCAGAGCAAAGAGGGUGCAGAGGAGUCGGUGGUGAGCGAAGGCCUGAAGGAGGCCAUUAACUCGUACCUCUACAUGACGGAGGAAUGUGAGGACUGCAGUCAGCUGUGGGACACAUGAGUAGAAGACUGACGUCAAACCUGGAGGACGAGUGUUUGAAUGACUUUGGACUCUUGAUGCCGUGAUAUGGGAUAAAACACUUCACAGAAACCUAAAAAACUUUUUUUUCCGUGACCCGGAUGCGGAAAAUUAACCAAAACGCAUCUUAGCGUCUUUUUUCAUGCGUGAAUUUCUGCGUAAAAACUGUUUGAGCGAAAGUGGCGUCGGAUGAAGUUCCCAGACGCACGCACUGACUCAUUGCUGUUCUUCCAGAGUGGGUGCUAGAGACAAAGAUGUCACAGUUUCCUGUGUGGACGCGCUCCUGGCGGACAUAAAAGAGAAAACGACUGAAGGAAAGAACGACAGAGGAGUGUGCGAGUGGGAGGGGGAACACAACUGGGUGGCACACACAUCCAUUUCCACUCCACACACACUUACUGGAAAUGUAUCAGUCGAGCUUAAUACAAAUGUGAUUGAAAGAAGCUUCAAAGAAGUUUGAUGUCAUUUUUUUUUUUUGAAAAUUCCGAACAAAAUUCAUAUUUAUGACUUGGAACAUAAAUGUUGUGUGACUUUGUAAAUCUAUACUGUUGCUUAAAGAGACGAUAAAGACCCAAAAAUGAAAACUGUCAUUCCAAACCUGUUUGAGUUUCUUCUGUGGAACACAAAAGAUGAUCUUGUGAAGAAAGCUGAUUACCAAACGGUUUCAGUUCCCAUUGAUUUUAAUUGUCUGGUUUAAAAAUAUAAUGGAAGUCGAUGGGAAUUGCAGUAGUUUGGCUAUCAACAUUCUUUAAAAGAUGAUCUUUGGUGUUCAAAGUCAUACAGGUUUGGUCAUUUUAAGGGGAGAAUUAUCAACAGUCAUUACUAAUGGUCUCUUGUGACUUAUGGACAUCAGUUAUGUUCUUUUAAAUAAACUUGAGAAAAAACAAG